ACGGGCUACUUCCUCUCCAGACCCGGAGGAUGGCCUUCUCUCUCUCUCUCUCCGGAAACCCUUUUCUUCUGUGGUGGCAUCAACAUUGUAUUUCCGCAAAUUUCAAUUUCAUGCUUCCUGACAGACUAAUUCUCUACGGCUAUUUGUGAUUAUUAUUAUCAUCUUGUGGAGUAUUUGUCCUUGGCGUGUGUAGAAUUUGUGGUUUAUUAUCUGCUGCUUAUGGCCACUAAGAAAAUCAUAGCCAUAUGCCAGUCUGGUGGGGAAUUUGUGACGAAUAAAGAUGAUGGGUCAUUAUUUUAUACUGGUGGGGAAGCUUAUGCUCUGGACCUGGAUCAGCAAACCCAAUUGAAGGAUUUUAAGCAUGAACUUGCUGAAACUUUCCAGUGCUCUGCUGAUGGCAUGGCAAUCAAAUAUUUUCUCCCGGGUAACAGAAAGACCUUGAUCACCAUAUCCAAGGACAAAGACCUCAAGCGUAUGGUUAACUUCUUUAAGGACUCUGACCAAGUCGAGGUCUUUGUAAUUGCUGAAGAAGCUGCUGGUCGAAAUGUUUCCAACAUGCCUGCCACUGCCAGUAGGUCAAGCAGGACAACUGUGUCUGAAACUGCAGCAAUUCCUUCUGAUGUUCCUUUGGAUCUCAUGCAAACUGAUGAUGCAAUUGUUUUAGAUGAGCCUAUUGAAACUGUGCCACUUGCUGCAUGCUCUUUUAGCAAUGAAGAGAAGCACCGGAGAGCAGCAACUCAGUGGGAGAAUAUUAUCACUGGUGUGGACCAAAGAUUCAACACCUUUGCCGAAUUCCGUGAAGCUCUUCAUAAAUACUCGAUUGCCCAUGGAUUCACCUACAAAUAUAAGAAAAAUGACAGCCAUAGGGUGACUGCCAAGUGCAAAACAGAAGGUUGCCCAUGGCGCAUAUAUGCAUCGAGGUUGGCAACUACUCAAUUAAUAUGCAUAAAAAAGAUGAAUCCUGAGCAUACUUGUGGAGGAGCCACUGUAAAAGCUGGCUACAGAGCAACUAGGGGGUGGAUAGGAAGCAUUAUAAAGGAGAAAUUGAAAGUUUCUCCAAAUUAUAAACCAAAGGACAUUGCCAGUGAUAUCAAGCGUGACUAUGGCAUUCAGUUGAACUACACGCAAGCCUGGCGUGCCAAGGAAAUUGCAAGAGAGCAGCUUCAGGGGUCAUACAAAGAGGCAUACUCUCAGUUGCCAUACUUUUGUGAGAAGAUAAUGGAGACUAAUCCAGGUAGUCUCGCUGCAUUCAGCACUAAGGAGGAUUCAAGCUUCCGUCGUUUUUUUGUAUCAUUUCAUGCCUCAAUAGCUGGGUUUCAUCAAUGCCGUCCUCUUCUUUUUCUUGAUAGUACUCUUCUCUACUCAAAGUAUCAAGGAACCUUAUUAGCUGCAACAGCGGCAGAUGGGAAUGAUGACUUCUUUCCUGUUGCAUUUGCUGUUGUUGAUGAAGAAACGGCUGAGAACUGGCAUUGGUUUCUGUUGCAACUUAAAUCUGCUCUCUCAACGUCAGAACAAAUUACCUUUGUCUCUGACUUCCAGAAAGGCAUAAGGGAAUCAUUGCUUGACAUAUUUGGCAAGGAAUGCCAUCACGCGUAUUGUGUACGUUGUCUAGCUGAGAAGCUUAAUAAAGACCUGAAAGGGCAGUUUUCUCAUGAUGCAAGGCGCCUCCUGAUCCAAGAUUUCCAUGCUGCUGCAUCUGCACGGAAAGUUGACGAAUUUGAGAGGUGCGUUGAGAACAUAAAGGCUAUCUCGUUAGAGGCAUAUAAUUGGGUUAUUAGCAGUGAGCCAGACCACUGGGCAAAUGCAUAUUUUGGUGGGGCUAGGUAUAACCAUAUGUCAUCCAAUUUCGGGCGAGAGUUCUACGAGUGGGUGUCUGAAGUUGACGAGCUGCCUAUAACGCAGAUGGUUGAUGUGCUGCGCGGAAAGAUCAUGGAAUUAAUAUAUAGGAGGCGACUAGAAUCGAGUCAAUGGAUUACUAGUUUAACACCUUGUAUGGAGGAGAAACUUGGGCAAGAGAUAUCGAAAGCAAGAGCACUCCAUGUGUUGCAGUCACAUGGCAGUACAUUUGAGGUGCAUGGUGAUUCAGUGGAGGCAGUUGACAUUGAUCACUGGGAUUGUAGUUGCAAGGGGUGGCAGCUGAGUGGAUUGCCUUGCUGCCAUGCUAUAGCAGUUCUUCAGUGGUUUGGGAAGAGCCUCUAUGAUUAUUGCUCAAGAUACUUCACAGCAGACAGUUACCGCGCAAGCUACGCAGAGUCAAUAAACCCCAUGCCAAAUGUGGAGAAACCAGAGACAAGUGAGGCUGCACUUGUAACUCCGCCUCCUACUAAACGCCCACCAGGCAGGCCAAAGUUGAAAUUGGUUGAAUCUGUCGAUAUCAUCAAACGCCAGCUGCAGUGCAGCAAGUGCAAGGGCCUCGGCCACAAUAAGAAGACAUGCAAGUAAGUAGCAUAUUUUCCUUCAUGUGUUGUUGUUUGUAGAUUGACAUUUACUUUUGUCUGCAGUAAGGUGAAUGGGAUCGAGGAGGAAGUAGUAGAACAUCCACUAUUGGUUGGGAUUUCAAAUGAAGAACCGCAAGGAGGGAGCACUUGAGUUGGGAUUUCAUAGAGACUUGCAAUUUUUUUUCUUCUUUAAAAUGCAUGGGAGCGAGCUAUAGUUUACAUUGUAUUCCAUUCCAUUCCAUAAAGACAAGACAAGACAGAAAGAGAGAGUAGUAGAACUUGUGACUAGGAUUGGAUAAAAGUAGAUACGAGUUGAAGUUGAUGGUGGUAGAAGAGGCCAAGCCAAGAAAAGCUUAUUAUAUUGUUGCCAUUCAUUUUCUUUCUUGUUAAGCAAGAUGUGAAGCUGGACUGGAUGAUGAUGAUGUACAUGUAAUUAGAUUUAUCAAUCAAUUUUGUAGUUGAAAGUUUCUCCAUUCA